CUGCCCUCAUCAUCCCCGUGUCCCUCUCCCUUUCCCCCCAUCCUCCCUUCUUCCUCUAUACCCCCUCGCCAAGCCUCUAAUGUGCAAGCACAUCCUCAACGCGCAGGUCUCGAUCCGCGCGCCCUGCUGCCGACAGUGGUUCGACUGCGCCGAGUGCCACGCGGAGACGCAGGACCACAGAUUGGCGAAGACGAAUGAGAUGACGUUCCUGUGCAAGAAGUGCAAGAAGGCGUUCAGGAAGGAUAUGUCGGUGUAUGAGGAGAGCGAUGAGUACUGCCCGCAUUGUGAUAAUCAUUAUGUGAUCGAGGCUAAGACGGCGAAACCGGUGGUCGGUGUCGAGGGCGAGGACGCAAGGGUGGAUAACCGCAUGCUUCGAGACGAACGCAUGAAAGACGGCAAGAUUCGAAGUGCGGAACUUGAAGACGACCUGGACGAGUUCCUGAAGGAGCUCGAUUCAUAGCACCCGUGAUCUUCGCAUCUGCAUGCGAAAGAAUCCUGCAUUGCAAAUCGAAUGCAUCCUGCCUCUCUAUCUGAAUACAUCCGUGACUCUCCGUCUUUACCUGCUUCAUUUCCACACCUGACACUCCAGUACGCAUCACUAUCGCACAAGCAAUGAAAUUCUUUCUGCAAUA